GCUGCGGAAAAAGAGCAUCGGCCACGAAAUUGGUAGGUUCCAUUUUUACUCCAACGGCGCCGGACCCUGAAAGCGAGAGCGAAAGCGAAAGCGAUGAUUGUCGUGCUGCUCCCUCCCUCAGGCUUCGCGUGGGCUGAGAAACACCAAGACUUGCACUCUCUACACAUUCAACAAACCCUCUCUCGACCUCACCAGCCUUGCUAUUCCACGGUUUCAAUCCCUAUCUCUAUCCUCUCCUCUCUUCUCUUCUCCACCAGUCCUCUCGUCUUUACUUUUUCAAGUCUCCUACCGACUUAAGGCGUGGUGACCUAAUCUUGAACCUGACGCUACUCGCUACCACCGCGCCUCCUUUUCCCGCCUUCGCACGCAGUCUUUCGCUUCAACUUCCCGUCUGUCGCUCGUUACCAUCGACCACUGCACGCCCCGAGCACAUUUAUUGCACGCGAACCGAACCUCUCAACAAGCCACUACUCCCAGAACUUAUCAGACAAAGGCGCCUGGUCUGAUUCUCACUCUGAUUCUCGAUUGACCCUCGAGUUGGGACCGAGCCUCGUUCAUCGACACCCACCCCACCCCCCCAGCAAGUACCCUUGAAUAACCUCGUGCGCGCCCGUGUCCAUGCCCAUGCCGACUCUCGCCUUCGAAAUGCCCGAAUACGCCAAAGCCACACGGGAACAACGGGCGUCGGCGUCCUACCUGUCGUCCUUUGUGCGCUGGGUGCAGUUGAAAAAGUACCAAUACGAAGUCACCUUUUCGCUGUACAUGCUGACCCCGACCGAGAAGUGCAUCUUCAACCUGAUCCUCUUCAUCCUCGUCUCUCUCCUUGUCACGGCGGCAUUGUUCUACCUCCCGAACCAUCUCGCAGUCAUCUACAACCGCAUCUAUUACUACAUCAACGGCGAGUUCGCAUACACCAGCGCCGCUGCUGGGGCUGGGGCAAAGGCUGCGGCCGCAUCCGCAUCAUCAUACAUGACGGACGGACUGCUUAUGUCGUCGACAGCGUCGUCGGCGCUGGCCAGUCCUAGUGUCCGAGCCGUGUUGGGAGAACUAUGAUGAGAAAUAAAUACCCGAGCGUGGCGUUUUCGGUUGGACUGGUUCUGGUUCACGGGCUGUCUGUCCGUGGUGGUUGGUGGGAUCAAAACAAAAAAAAGAAGCAAGAACCCAGUUCUGCUAGCACCCGGAAUGAGUCGAGAUUUCUUGUAUUAGGCGCGCCAUGGUUUCGGUCCUCCAUCUUUUCUUCUGUUCAUAAAGGUGUUGUAAUACAAGUGGGCGCCGGUUGUUUUUGUAACCCUUCGGAUCCCACAAUCUAAAUAAAUGAGAAUCUGUUUUGUUUGCAGCCAUAGGUAGUAUUCCGCCCAAAACUCCGUCGCGAUGCAAGACCCUCUCCUCGAAACGUUGGUCUCGUCCAAGAAUGCG